GUUACAGUCCGUGUUACGCGUCCGCCUCCGGUCGUGUGCCGCGCAUGAUAACCAUUGAGACGAUCCUGUGCCCAGACGCGCAUCACGGCAGACAAACCGACCCACAGUAGCGGCCAUGCGCUGCCGUCGCCGCUCCUGUUCCCGCUCUUGCUCCUGCUCGCGUGUCCCUCUGGACAUGCCGUGCCGGACAUCACCAUGUCCAUACGCGGAGCCGGAUGGCCGGCGACCACCGGUGGUGACCGCGGCCAGACGUCGUACACGGAAAACCAGAUUCACACUCUGCUGAGCAAUAUCGAAUUUAGGAUUAGGGAUCUAUCGAAUGCGGCAAGACGUGAUCAACAAACUGAAAGAAUAAACUCCAGAAUUGACAUGAUUUACAACAAACUCGGACACUUAGAAGUGUCUAAUGGUUUAUGGUUUGAUAAAUUUCAACAGUCGGUCUCAGAGGAAUGCGGCUCGAACCUCGUGACCAGACGUAUAGACAAGACUCAGCAACAACUGGAGAUUACCUUGGAACACAUGGAGACCACACUCCAAACAGUACAGAAUCAUCAGAAAGACCUAGAAAAGGAAAUUAGAAAAAUGGCCGACAGACAGACCGAACUCGGCGCAGAAAUCCAAUCCAUGAGAAAAGAGAUGGGCUCCGGGUUCGACAGACUCAACUCUAGUCAAAACGCUUUCAACAAACAGUUGCAGGAUACCGUGGCCAAUCUUACACAGCAGCCGAAAAACACAGAUAAAUCUUUGAGCACAUGCCAGUGCAAUCAAAAUGACGAUCCCAUUCAAGGCACCGAAACUACGUCCAGCAGUAAACUCAUAUCGACGAUGAACAAUAUGUAUAACGGGCUCAAAGACCGAUCGGACGAUAUACACAUGUUACUUAAAGAGUUGACUGAAAGCACCGACAAGUACAGAAGAAAAUUGGAUUCUGAUCGUCAGGACGUGAUUAAUGAACUCUUAGACAGUUUUCUGGAAACUGUCAUUAGCGAAAUGGUGGCGAUACAAAAAAAGGCCGACAACGAGUUAGAAGGAAAACUCAAAGAACAGUUGAAACUUUUGGUGGAGGGACAAAACUUAUUCAUAAACAGCUGCCGUAGAAUACAACUGAACGAACAUCAAAUCGAAGAAGACAUGAUUCGCAUUCUUGAACAGAUUUUUGCCCACAUCGAUAACAAAAGUUCUUUCGACAACACGACUCUCGAGGAGAUAUUCAAAACGUUAAGAAGUCAAAACAAAUGGGAAGAAAAACGAUUCGAAGAACUGUCUGAACUCAGCAAAACCCAGUCCGACCAAUUAGUUAGGACGGUGGCGUAUUCGACCAAUCAAAUCAUGAAACUUCACCAUGACAUGUUGAACAUGACCAAUUUACUAGCGACAGCCAAUAACGGGUCCACUUCUGCUCUGCUCCAAGUGGGAAUGACCAAAAAUAACGCCACUCGAGCAACAGAAUCGAAAGACGAUCAUGAAAAAACAACAACAAACAAAAAAAUAGCGUCGCAGCCAAUCAAAACGGACACAACUGUCCAAGACAACACUAAUUCCAGCACUGCAAAAUUCAACGAUACCAUCGUUUACGAUUAGCUUUUAAUGAUAAUUUGAUUUUUUACAUAAUAAUUAAUAUUAAAGUAUUAUUAACCGCUUCGAAAA